AUGACAAAAGUAAAAUUUUGUCAAUAUUCCCUUUUGCAAUUACUUAUGUUGGUAAUUUUUUUUGUAAUCAUUUUAUCUACAAGUGUUGUUUAUUCUCAAAAUGAUUUAGAUGAAGAUAAUAGUCAAGCUAAAAAUCCAGCAGCUCUUCAAGUUGUUGCGCAGAUGUUAUAUAAUCAACUAGCCAAUAUCACUCAUGUCUUUGAACCAGAUAUCAAAAGACAUUUGGGCUUCUGUAUAAAGGACGUGCAAGCUGAUUGGAAAUCAGCUUUUAAUUUUUCAAAUGAUCUUGAAUUUUUAACAUCUUGCAUGCAGAAAAUUAAAGAUGUUCCAAAACGAGUAUGUACUGCGGCAGAAGUUAAGAUUUACAUGAUCAGUUUAAUUGGUGGAGCCCAAAUGAGUUCAAGUUAUGUAAAGCCAAAUAAUAAUUGCAACUUAAGCUCAUGGAUUGAUGGAUGUGAGCCGGGGUGGGCAUGUAGUGUUGGUAAAGAUCGUAAAGUUGAUAUUAAAAACACACAAAUCAUUCCAGAUAGGACCGAAGAUUGUCAACCUUGUUGUGCUGGCUUUUUUUGCCCCAAGGGUGUCACUUGUAUGAUACCUUGUCCACUAGGUGCUUAUUGUCCAUUUGCUACACUCAAUAAAACUACAGGCAGAUGUGAUCCAUAUACAUACCAAAUACCACCAGGAAAACCUAAUCAUACAUGUGGUGGAGCUGAUGUAUGGUCUGAUGUCAUUAGUAGUGAUGAAAUAUUUUGCGCCCCAGGAUCAUAUUGUCCAUCUACAGUUGAAGAACUUCCAUGUAGUGUCGGGCAUUAUUGUAGAAAGGGUUCAACUCAAGAAAAACCAUGCUUCAAAUUGGCUAGUUGUAACGAUAAAGUUGCUAAUCAAAAUAUACAUGCUUACGGCAUAUUACUCAUUGCUAUAUUAAGUACCAGUCUACUUCUUGUAUAUAAUUGUUCGGACCAAGUACUUACUACUCGAGAAAGAAGGUUAGCUAGAUCUAGAGAGCGUGCAAUAAGAAGUGCAAAAGAAACUGCACAAGCUCGUGAAAGGUGGAAAGUAGCAAAGGAAAAUGCUAGAAAUCGUGCUAUUGGGUUACAGCAACAAUUAUCGCGCACUUUUUCUAAGAAAAAAUCUACAAGACAAGACCCAUCAAAAGGGUUUCAACCAAAAUCUACAAGUAAUGAUGUUACAAGUUCUUCAGAUUCAAAAUCAAAAAAUAAAGGAAAUAGCAGCAAACUCACAAAAAUGAUGCAACAAAUUGAGGAUGAUCCGGAUAGUAGUGAGGGUUUUAAUAUGGAGAUUGGGGAUAAAAAUAUUAAAAAACAAUUCAAAGCUAAGGAAUUACACACACGAAGCCAAAUUUUUAAAUAUGCAUAUGGGCAACUUGAAAAAGAGAAGGCCAUGCAACAAGAAAACAAGAACCUUACAUUUUCUGGAAUUAUUUCUAUGGCUACUGAUACCGAAAUCCGAAAAAGGCCUUUAUUAGAGGUUGCUUUUAAAGAUUUAACCUUAACCUUAAAAGGAAAACACAAACAUUUAUUACGGUGCAUUACUGGAAAACUAAUGCAUGGCCGAGUUUCCGCAGUCAUGGGUCCUUCUGGUGCUGGGAAGACUACUUUUCUUUCAGCUGUCACAGGAAAAGCUACAGGAUGUAAUGUAAGGGGACAAAUUCUCAUCAAUGGGAAAAAUGAAUCAGUUCACUCUUACAAAAGGAUAAUUGGGUUUGUCCCACAGGAUGACAUUGUGCACGGGAACCUAACUGUAGAAGAAAAUCUAAGAUUCAGUGCUCGUUGUAGGUUACCUGGUGAUCUUCCAAAGGCCGAUAAGGUUCUGGUUGUAGAAAGAGUAAUAGAAGCAUUAGGGUUACAAGCAAUACGCGAUUCUUUAGUGGGAACAGUUGAGAAAAGAGGGAUAUCUGGAGGACAAAGAAAACGAGUAAACGUAGGAUUAGAAAUGGUCAUGGAACCUUCAUUAUUAAUUUUAGAUGAGCCUACUUCUGGUUUAGAUAGUUCUUCAUCUCUUUUGCUUCUAAGAGCUCUUAGACGUGAAGCUCUUGAAGGAGUAAACAUAUGCACGGUCAUCCACCAACCAAGCUAUGCAUUGUUUAAAAUGUUCGACGACUUCAUCUUACUUGCAAAAGGAGGUCUAACAGUGUACCAUGGCCCAACAAAGAAAGUUGAAGAAUAUUUUGCAGGUUUAGGGAUCAUUGUACCGGAACGUGUUACUCCUCCAGAUCAUUAUAUUGAUAUUUUAGAGGGAAUAAUUAAGUCAGGAUCUAAUGUUACACGUGAACAACUUCCUGUGAGAUGGAUGCUUCAUAAUGGUUAUCCAGUACCUCAAGAUAUGUUGCAUCUUUGUGAUGAAAUUUCUAGCACUUCUUCCCCUGAUAACUCUCUAAAACCUCAUGUUGAUAAACGACAUGAUAAAUCUUUUAUUGGAGAUCUUAUACAAGAAAUUAAGUGUGCACUUGUAUUAAGACGAGAGCACCUUAAGCACAACUUCUUAAAAAAACAAGAUUUGUCAAAUCGCAUAACCCCUGGGAUAAUGCGACAAUAUAGAUAUUUUCUAGGAAGGGUUGGAAAGCAAAGACUACGUGAAGCUAAAUUACAGGCCGUGGAUUAUUUAAUUCUUUUACUUGCUGGAGCUUGUUUAGGAACUCUUGCUAAAGUGAGCGAUGAAACAUUUGGUGCAAUUGGUUAUAACUACACUGUGAUUGCCGUAUCUCUAUUAUGCAAGAUUUCAGCUUUGAGAUCAUUCACACUUGAUAGAUUACAGUAUUGGAGAGAAAGUUCGUCAGGAAUGAGUAGUUUGGCAUAUUUUCUCUCUAAAGAUACAAUUGAUCAAUUUAACACUCUUUUUAAGCCUUUGGUUUACCUCUCAGUGUUUUACUUUUCCAACAAUCCAAGAUCAAGCUUCUUAGCCAAUUACAUAGUCCUAGUUUGUCUUGUGUAUUGUGUGACUGGGGUAGCUUACGGCUUAGCGAUACUUCUCCAGCCAGGUCCUGCACAACUGUGGUGUGUGCUUCUUCCAGUAGUAUUAUCACUCAUUGCAAGCCAAGACAAAGAAAGCAAAAUUAUGUUUGAAGUAGGAAAAUUUACCUACUCAAAAUGGGCUUUAGAGGCAUUUGUCAUUGCAAAUGCUGAAAAGUAUGAUGGAGUGUGGCUAAUAACUCGUUGUGGAUCUUUGAUGCAAAGUGGAUAUAGCCUUAAUCAUUGGAAUCGUUGUCUAAUAUUUCUUAUUGUAAGCGGGGUUAUUAGUCGGAUAAUAGCUUUUAUCUUUAUGAUUGUAGUUCAAAAGAAAUGAAAUCAUUAACAAUUUUAAUGUUAAUUAGUGUACAAGCAUUAAUAUACGAGUACCUUUAGUUAUUCUUUUUUUUUUUUACAACGUUGAAUUGUGAAGUAGUAUCUAGUAUAUAAAUGCUUUCUUGAUUGUAAGAAAUAAUUUCUAGCAUGUAAUUGCUAUUAAUAAACUAAGUAACCUUUCAGAAACUCCAAAGCACUCUUUAAAGCUUAAGAUAUGUUCAUGCAAUUCAAACUGUUCUUUUAAAACUUCAAUAUCACUUUUCUAAGAC